CCGCCCAACCCGAUUUCAGCUUGGCUGCGUUGUUUGGGGACAGUCCGAAGAUGGCGACGGCCCAGCUGUAUUGCGUCUGCCGGCAGCCAUACGAUGUGAGCCGGUUUAUGAUAGAAUGCGAUAUUUGUAAGGACUGGUUUCACGGCAGCUGUGUUGCGGUAGAAGAGCACCAUGCUGUGGACAUUGACGUUUACCACUGUCCCAACUGUGACGUCCACCACGGACACUCCCUGAUGAAGAAGAGAAGCAACUGGCACAGACACGACUACACGGAGCCAGAUGACGGCAGUAAGCCAGUGCAGGCUGGCACCUCUGUGUUUGUGCGGGAGCUGCAGGCCAGGACCUUCCCUAGUGGAGAUGAGAUCUUGCAGCAAAUGCAGGGCGGUCAUGUCACCCAGAGGUAUCUGGAGAGACAUGGCUUCCGCUAUCCCAUCGUUGUAACCAAAAUGGAAGGGCUUGGUCUCCAAUUACCUCCGCUGGAUUUCUCCGUCAAGGAUGUAGAACGCUACGUUGGAGGUGACAAAGUGAUUGAUGUCAUCGAUGUGGCCAGGCAAGCGGACAGUAAGAUGAAACUGAGCACCUUUGUGAAGUAUUACUACAGCCCUCAGCGGCCGAAAGUCCUGAACGUCAUCAGUCUGGAGUUUUCAGACACCAAGAUGUCAGAGCUGGUGGUGGUCCCCGAUAUCGCUCAGAAGAUGUCUUGGGUGGAGAACUACUGGCCUGAUGACUCUUACUUUCCCAAGCCGUUUGUGCAGAAGUACUGUUUAAUGGGUGUGAGGGAAAGCUAUACCGACUUCCAUAUUGAUUUUGGAGGCACAUCUGUGUGGUACCACGUCCUGUGGGGGGAGAAGAUCUUUUACUUGAUAAAGCCGACCCCGGCCAACCUUGCACUAUACGAGGAGUGGAGCUCAUCCCCGAACCAGAGCGAAGUGUUCUUUGGGGAGAAAGUGGACAAGUGCUACAAGUGUGUCGUGCGGCAGGGAACAACACUUCUGAUUCCAACGGGAUGGAUCCAUGCAGUUCUCACCUCUCAGGAUUGCAUGGCUUUCGGUGGGAACUUCCUCCACAACCUCAACAUAGGCAUGCAGCUCAGGUGCUAUGAGAUGGAGCGGCGUCUGAAGACUCCAGACCUCUUUAAGUUCCCUUAUUUUGAGGCCAUUUGCUGGUAUGUAGCAAAGAAUCUGCUGGAGACUCUCAAAGAAUCACGAGAAGAUAACUGCCUGCCUCCAGAAUACCUGAUCAAGGGAGUGAAAGCUUUGAUAACUGCACUGAGGAACUGGCUAAAGAGAGAGGUCACAGAGCCAGCCAGCGAGGUCCCUGACCAUAUCAGACCCAACCAUCUCAUUAAAAUGCUCACUAAGGAAAUCCAGUACCUUGAGGAGUAUCAGAAUGGGAAUUGUGGAAGCAAGCCAAUGAAAUUUCAAGGAAGCUCUGUGUGUCCUUCCACGCGGUCGGCACACGAGAGAGGGUCUCACGCGCGCAUGAACGCCAGACGCCUUCGUGACCACCACCAUCAUCAUCAUCACCAUCAUCAUUCUCACAACCUUAAAGUUCCUUCCAACCUUGACAUCUUCGAACAGCACACACAAGAAGUUUUAAAAAGACUUGAGAUGGGUCCUUAUGAGGAGGAUGCCACCUUUAACCAGAAGGUCAACGGCAAGUUCAACAAGGUCUCUACGGCCUCAGCUGCAAUGGCAGAGCGGAGUUUGGACACUGACUUGCGACUGGUACUGUGCAAUGGACGUAUAGUCAGAGAUAACAGGCUGCAUGUUGGUGAAAAGAGACCAGGGAUAAAGGAAGAGGAGGACCUUAGAGAUGUGAAGAGGGAUUUACUCAAGGUUAAACCAGUACCUAAAGAGGAGGAACAGGAAGUGGAUAUUCGAAUGAAUGAGGAUAAGCAUCAUCAUGUAGCCAGAGAAGUGACAUCCUUUACAGAUCUUAGUAAACAAGAGAAUUCAGAUCUCAGGAACAGAGAAACAGUACAUUCAGACAUCUCAUCAGACUCUGAAUCAGAAGCGGAGUUCACUACACGGAAAAAGAACUGCUCUGAGGAGGAAUCUGAAAGCUCUUCAGAGGAAGAGGAGGAUGAAAAGAUUAGGAGGAGUGGAGACGAUCAAAAUGAGGCCAAAAGUUGCUCCGGCUACUUCAAGGAGUCCAGGCAAAGACUUGACCAUUUUGAGAAAUGUCUUAAAGGUGAGUCUGCUACCUCGCCAAGCAAAGAAGAGGAUGCUAUCCAGGGAAUGCUGUCUAUGGCAGGGCUGUUGUAUUCUCACCAAUCAGAAGAUCCCAGCAGUUCACAGGAAUCCUGGUGGUCCCGAAGCAACCAUCACUCCCCUGACUACAGUAAGAAGGAGAUUGCGUCAGGAGAGGAGAACCAGGAUUCAGACAGCAAUUCUUCACAGGAGGGAUUUCGGGAGCGUGAGCAUUCAGAAGGAGGAUAUCAGGCCAAACUCAUGCAUAGGAUCCAGGAACACAAGAAUUUCAUGGACAGCCAGGGCAGUGGCAGCAACAGCAGCAGUGAGGCGUGGAGCAGUCGCACACACUCCCCAGCCCAUGGGGAAAGCCUUACGUUGGGCUACCAAUACUGUGAGGCAUCCCUGUCGCCACCCCUGCACCCGUCCAAGAGGCCUGCCUCAAAUCCUCCACCAAUCAGCAAUCAGGCCACCAAAGGUAAACGUCCUAAGAAAGGCAUGGCUACAGCUAAGCAGCGACUGGGCAAGAUUCUCAAAUUGAGCAGACACAACCCCUUCUUUGUGUAGUACUAGUGAUGGGAUGCUGAGUGCAUGUUAAAGGUGACAGGGUUUUAAAGUGUGUUUGGUUCAACACAUUUGGUCAUAAACAUUGUAUUGGCUACCAACCAACCCAAAGCUUUAGAAUGAUCUGAAAAAGCGCUUUGCCCAACAUGGUUUCCUAGUUUUGCUAAUAUCCAUCCAAAGGAUCAAUGUGACUGAAAGGAAAUAAGACAGAAAACAUCACUUUUUAAGGCUUUUGGUUCUCAACGCUUGCAUCAAAAUCAGGUUUUCAAAGCUGAAAGCAAAGACUAGCAGGCUGCUUCCCACAACUAAAAACACUUCACUUCAAUGAUGUACGCCUUAAACAAGGCAGCAAUUGAGUGAUGAACUGAUUUCGUAAAGGUGCUUUUUUUUUUUUGUCUUCUCAUUUUGUGAUUGCAACCGACUUUUCCUAGCAAAGAAAAUUUGCAUUACUGCCUAAAGAAAAAAAUUACCACGGUUGAUCGCUUGAACUACCCGACCUCUCAAUCAAAAUGUUCUCAUGUUUUAAGAGAAAUGAAAGAAAAAAAAUAUUUUUGUCAGCAUUUGUAUUCAUAUUGGCAUAUUUUGUAUUACAAGCUAAGUAGUGUGCGGGGUAGUUUAACUAUAUUUGGUCCUCUGUUGCCACCUAGUGGACAUCCGGAGACUGACUGUUUGAAGCCAUCAUUUAUAUGGGGCACGUGACAACACAUUUUCCCUUAAUUUAUUCCUUCUUUUUUUUUAUGUUGGUGCUUGAUUUUUCUUUUUUCUUUUUUUUCUAUACUGUUAUUAAAUUACAUAUUUAUUACUGAUGAAAGAGAACCAUUUAUUUCACUAAGCAUUUAGGGAGAUUUGCUGUUCUUUAGGGUCUUAAUAUGCAUCUGUUUUGAAACAUGUUUAGAUAUUUGUGGCCGUACAGACAUUUGUGCACGAGCUCAGCCAUUUUUCAAAAUUUCAGCUGCAUUUGUAUUACAUUGUGGGUAAGAACAAAAUGUGUUGUGUAAUGGGAAGCUAAUAUUUAAUCAAAAAACCUGCCCAAUAUUAGUCC